UGUGCUCUCGCGGGAUUCUCCUUGCAGGUUGCACCAGGGGCCCCGGCCUGGGUAGGCGGGCGGGCGGGCGAACGUGGAGGGGCCCGAGCCUACCUUCCGAGCUGCGGCGGGGAGAGGCGUGGCCUCCCCUCUGGGCGGGCGGCCGCCUCCGGGCGCCAAAAUCAAAUCGGAGACCCGCCGGCGGGAGAGCCUGUGACGAGCCGGAGCCCAGACUGCAGGGCGGCGGAGGCGCGAGCACCUGUGCCCACUUCCUAGCCACCUGCCCGACGCGCUCGACCGCCCCCUGUCCAGGCAUGGCCACCCCACCCAAGAGGAGCUGCCCCUCUCCUGCGACCAGCUCGGAGGGAACCCGCAUCAAGAAAAUUUCCAUCGAAGGGAACAUCGCUGCAGGGAAGUCAACAUUUGUGAAUAUCCUUAAACAAGUCUGCCAGGAUUGUGAAGUGGUUCCUGAACCUAUUGCCAGAUGGUGCAAUGUUCAAAGUACUCAAGAUGAAUUUCAGGAACUGACCACAUCUCAGAAAAGUGGUGGGAAUGUUCUUCAGAUGAUGUAUGAGAAACCUGAGCGAUGGUCUUUUACCUUCCAGGCAUAUGCCUGCCUCAGUCGCAUACGAGCUCAGCUUGCCUCUCUCAACGGCAAGAUCAAAGAUGCGGAGAAACCUGUAUUAUUUUUUGAACGAUCUGUGUAUAGUGACAGGUAUAUUUUUGCUUCUAAUUUAUAUGAAUCUGAAUGUAUGAAUGAAACAGAGUGGACAAUUUAUCAGGACUGGCAUGACUGGAUGAAUAACCAAUUUGGCCAAAGCCUUGAACUGGAUGGAAUCAUUUAUCUUCGAGCUAGUCCAGAGAAAUGCUUGAAUAGAAUAUAUUUACGGGGAAGAAAUGAAGAACAAGGCAUUCCUCUUGAAUAUUUAGAGAAACUUCACUACAAGCAUGAUAGCUGGCUCCUGCACAGAACACUGAAAACCAACUUUGAUUAUCUACAAGAAGUGCCUAUCUUAAUAUUGGAUGUUAAUGAAGACUUUAAAGACAAACACGACAGUCUGGUUGAAAAGGUCAAAGAAUUUUUGAGCACUUUGUGAUCUUGCUGAAGACUUCAGGGAGAAAAAUGAUUCCAGACACUUCAGCUUUGUGUAUCUUUGUAGCUUUGUAUUUAUACAAGUCUCUUUAGAAAA